AUGGAAGAAGCGAAUAGUACUGAAAUUAGUGCUAAAUUCGUGCGAAUAACAUCAAUUUUCGAUUUGAGUGAGAAAAGUCAUGAAAAGGCUUCGAUGACUUUCGGACAAUGUCGACCAGUAAACGACUAUAAAAAGCUUAACAGAAUUGGCGAAGGAACUUAUGGAGUUGUUUAUCGAGCACUCGAUAGGAAAACAAAAGAAAUUGCGACUCUAAAACAAAUUCGGCUGAGCACUGACAGUGAUUCGGGUAUUUCGAUUUCAGUCAUUCGCGAGGUUCAUUUACUUAUGAGCCUAAAACAUGAAAAUAUUGUUAGUCUGCGUGAAGUUGCGGUUGGUCGAGAAAUAAAAUCGAUAUUUUUAGUGAUGGAAUACUGCAGCCAAGUUGUGUUUCAUGAUCUGGCGUAUCUAUUGGAUAAUAUUGCAAUGCCAUUCACUGAAGCACAAGUAAAAUGCCUAUUUAUCCAGCUGCUGAAAGCAUUGAAAUAUCUCCAUAAUAAACAUAUCGUCCAUCGCGACUUAAAAGUUAUUUUAAAUUACUUAAAUUACUUGUUUUUAUGGAACCAAGUACACAUAAAUUUUUUUCGUGGCAUGAUAACAGUAAAAAUUGUAUACUUUUUUGAGGUUUCAAAUUUGUUGCUAAACGAUGACGGUUGCAUGAAGGUGGCCGAUUUUGGUUUGGCGCGCAAAUUUGGAAAUCCACCACGACAGAUGACUCCUAAUGUUGUAACUUUAUGGUAUAGAAGUCCUGAAAUAUUGUUCGGCUCACAGCAACAAAAUACAGGCGUCGACAUUUGGGCGAGUGGGUGUAUUCUUGGGGAACUUCUUCUUAAUCGACCGCUAUUACCUGGUAAAAGCCAGAUUGAUCAAAUUAAUAAAAUUAUCGACUUACUUGGCACUCCUUCUGAAAAGAUUUGGAAAGGUUUCAACGAAUUAGAAUUCGUUCAAAAAUGUGAUUUGCGCUUGCAGCCUUAUAACAAAUUAAAAUGCGUUUUUAAACAUGCCAGUCCGAGUUGUCUUCAGCUCUUAAAUGCUCUUUUUACGUAUGAUCCCAAACUUCGUAUUUCUGCAAAGAGUGCUCUAAGUUCCAGUUAUUUCACGGAACCACCAUUGCCUUGUGAUCCAAAGUUAAUGCCAUCGUUUCCACAACACCGUAAUCGGAGACAUGCAAAAGAAGACAUUCAUCGAUUAUUUCAUAAAUAG